GUUACAAAAUGGAAGCAGUUGCCCUGGAGACCGCAGUCUUAUAGUCUUGAGCAGUGCAGCCGAGGUUAUUAGCCUGAGGUUGGAGCAGUAAACAAAAUGCUGUCUGUGUUGGACGCGCUGUGGGAGGAUCGGGAUGUUCGCUUUGAUAUAUCGCCCCAGCAAAUGAAAAUGAGACCAGGGGAAGUGCUCAUAGACUGCUUAGAUUCCAUUGAGGAUACCAAAGGAAACAAUGGAGACAGAGGAAGACUGCUAGUCACCAAUUUACGAGUUAUUUGGCAUUCCCUAGCACUUCCCCGUGUGAAUCUUGCUGUUGGCUACAACUGUAUUAUAAACAUCACGACAAGGACUGCUAAUUCGAAAUUACGUGGUCAGACUGAAGCACUGUACAUCUUAACAAAAUGCAACAAUACUCGCUUUGAGUUUAUCUUUACAAAUCUUGUACCUGGGAGUCCUAGACUGUUUACUUCUGUUAUCGCUGUACACAGAGCUUAUGAGACAUCUAAAAUGUAUCGUGAUCUCAAACUGAGAGGCGCACUCAUCCAAAAUAAGCAGCUGAAGCUUCUUCCACGUGAACAAGUUUACGAUAAAAUCAAUGGAGUGUGGAAUUUAUCCAGUGAUCAGGGAAAUUUGGGAACAUUCUUUAUAACCAAUGUGAGAAUAGUUUGGCAUGCCAAUAUGAAUGAUAGUUUCAACGUCAGCAUUCCUUAUCUGCAAAUUCGUUCCAUAAAAAUCAGAGACUCAAAGUUUGGUUUAGCACUGGUGAUAGAAAGCUCCCAGCAGAGUGGUGGAUACGUCCUUGGCUUUAAAAUUGAUCCAGUUGAGAAGCUACAGGAUUCAGUGAAGGAGAUAAACUCAUUGCACAGGGUCUACUCUGCAAGCCCCAUAUUUGGAGUAGAGUAUGAGAUGGAGGAAAAGCCACAGGCCCUUGAAGAAUUAACCAUAGAGCAGGUUCAAGAUGAUGUUGAAAUAGAAGCUGAUGAACACACUGAUGCAUUUGUGGUAAGUCGUCUUUCUAGGAUUUCAUAUUUUACCAGGCAAAUCAUUUAUAUAUUAAUAUUUACAAGAAUGUAUUCUGGAUGGUUUCACCACAGCUUGACUAAGCUGCAUGGUAGCAUACGAUUUAACAGUGUAACAAUUGCUGCAGAUUUUCUUUACAUAUACAUAUCACAGAAUGGGACAAAAAUAGUAAAAUAAACUUGUCAUUAUCUUACAUGAUUAGUCUCAUUCCAUAUUUUUAAUGCGUGUAUUGCAAUAAUUCAAGUUAUUUUAAACAUGAACAGUUAUGCCCUUCCAUUCCAUGUAUUUCUCAGAAAUUCCAUUCCUAUACUUAGGGGCAGAUUUACUUAGGGUCGAAUAUCGAGGGUUAAUUAACCCUUGAUAUUCGACUGCCGAAUUGAAAUCCUUCGAAUAUCGAAGUCGAAGGAUUUAGCGCAAUUCGUUCGAUCGAACAAUUGAAUCCUUCGAAUCAUUCAAUUCGAAGGAUUUUAAUCAAUCGAAUGAACGAUUUUUUCUUCAACCUAAAAAUCGCUCAAAAGCCAUCAAAGUAGCCCAUUCGAUGGUCGAAGUAGCCAAAAAAAUCAUUCGAAAUUCAAAGUUUUUUUUUUUUUUUUUAUUCUGUUCCUUCACUCGAGCUAAGUAAAUGGGCCACAUAUUGUGCCUGACCCCAGUACUAUGGCGCAUGUAUCAAAGGGGCAGGGUCCAAAAUGCCCCAUUUUUUUUGCACUUGCUUUCUUUUUGGAAUUUACUGCUAGUGUCUUAUCACCUGGCUUUCACAUCGGGGUACAAGGGAACUCUGUACUUACCUCCUGCUUAUGUUAACUAUUAAGUUCUCCCGUCCACAUGUCAGAAAUGAGUUCUUCGUCGGCGUUAGAUUUUCAGUACAGCACAGUGUUGCAGCUAUUUGCACUGUUGCACUAGCACCUGCAUUGUGUUAAAUAUAAACAUAUUUAUGUGUUUAUGUUCUCUUUUAUAGGCUUACUUUGCUGAUGGGAAUAAGGUAGGAUAUUUUUUCUUUUGCUUAAAUAUUUACUCUAAAAUAUCCUGUUUAUCUUCCGGACACUUCCCCUGACUCUUUCUUUAUUCCAGCAACAAGAUCGGGAACCAGUCUAUUCUGAAGAGCUUGGCUUAGCAAUAGAGAAACUGAAGGAUGGCUUUACCCUGCAGGGAUUAUGGGAUGUGAUGGCAUAAGGAACGACUGCAGUUUUCUAUGGAAUUUAGAGAUCUAAGCACAGUUGCACAAAUCCUAAACACAUCCCCAUAAAUUGCAGAGUUGUAGCAGUUUUUGCCAGUACAUUAUACAUUAGGAGGCACAUUUAUUAAAGGUCGAAUUACGAAUUCAUGGGAGUUAUUUCUAACUCUAUCAAAUUCGAAUAUAUGCUCAAAAUUCGACUGGGGGGUUAUUUAUAAAAAAAAAAAAAAA